AUGUGGGUGCUGUUACGGUUCAUUUUGUUAUGUCUAUUUUUUACUUUGGCACGAUCAACAUGGUAUUCCUCAGAACAUAGGAUAUGUGAUCCAACUGGAACUUCGUGGAUACCCUAUAGUGGAUUCAAAAUCAAUAGACAAUAUGUUGUGAAAGAUUUGAAACCUCCAAUGUUGCAUUUUGUUUCUUUGUCUCAUUGUCAUCAAGGUGAAUUAGACUAUGAAAGAUUAACAAGAACUGGAAGAGAAACUGAUAUUGAAUGGGAUAAGCCGAUUUGUAUGUUUACUUCUGAUAAAUUGAAGAAACUAUAUAAUACCCAGACAAAUGACAAAUCUUUAGAUGAUAAAAAUGAUAAAAAUGAUAAAAAUGAUAAAAAUGCUAACAUAAGGUUGGUAACAGAUGUUCCUCAUAAACCACACAGUAUUGAUUUGUCUCACUUGAAACCAUCUCGUGUUCAAAAAAGAUCAAAAUUAAAACAAGGUUUUAAUGAAUUUUUGAGGAAAAUAUCAUCCAAAUUGAGGUUUAUUGAAUAUACUGAUGAUUCCUUGGUGACCAACUUACAAAAUCUAUCUCCAUUGUCUUAUAAGGGGUUCGGUACUGGUGAUCUUGAUGACUUGAAAUGUUACAAAUUAGCUAGAAGAAAAAAAUAUGCCAAAAGAGAAAUGAUGAUUUAUGCACCAUACACUUGGGUUGGUGGGAUUUUUGAAUGUCAAGUUUCUCAAGAGGCUAAAGAGCAUUACCUCAAAAGUCUUCAAGAUUCAAGAGAUUUCAUCAAACCCUUUGAUUUUAGAUGUGAAGGAAAUAAUUCAAGACCACUUUUCCCUUUAAUUGCAGAUGAUGUUACAAAUCAAUGGAUUGAAAAAGAGAGAGGUUUCACAUUUUCUCAAAGAAUUCCCUACCUAUAUUCCCCUGGCUUGUUGGAUUUCAGAUAUGGUAAACCUGCAAAAGCUUUGGGAUUGAAAAGUGAUACUAUCAUCUUUGAUGACCAUUCAACGCAUCAAAAAUCUCAGGAUGCUUUGCCUUAUGAUAAAUGGACAUUAGAACUUGAAGUUAACGAAGAUUACCAUUAUGAAGCAAAUGAUAUUGAUCUGUUGACAGAUGCUGUUACUCAAUCAACUAACUUAAUUCAUCAUUUUUUGAAAUCUGAGCAUAGAUAUUCACCAUGGGAAUGGGAUAUUCCUGAAUUGAUAGGGCCUGAUCAAGAUAGUUUGUUAUACUUGGAGCAAAAGUUCUUCAGUAUACUAGGUAAAAUGAAAGAUAAAAAGCUAGGGUCAAAAAUGGUGAUGCAUUUGCAAGAGCAUUGGGAUAAUUUAACUUUAUCAACAGAGCAAUUUAGGUAUAAUGGGAAAUAG